AUGGACACAGAGCGACUUGGAAUCGAUCCGUCUGGCAAGGGCCGGAACGGUGGAGAAGAGCUCACGGACACGAAGCUACCAAAACCAACGCCAUGGAAGAUUGGGGGAUUUUAUGGAGUUUUUGAAGGAAGAGAUGGAAUGCCGGUUUCUGGCUGGGUCAUCUGGAAAGACUUGAAUAAGAGGACCCGAGACAUGCAUGCGGUCGCCAAGAUUGAGUCAAAGUUGAGAUCUGAACGUGAUAAUGAGCAAAGGGAAUAUGGUAUGUCUGGUCUUGCUCGUCCAGAACUUGUUCCCAUUGACCCUGUUCGUCUUGAUGGGAAGAACUACCCCAUCUGGGCGCCGCGAAUGGAGUUUUUCCUCAAGGAAUUAAAAGUUGAAUAUGUACUCUAUGAGCCAUGCCCUAGCAUUAUUGUAGGAUCUGUAGCAUUUUCUGGAGGACUUACUGAAUUGAAGGAUGCUAAAGAGAAAUGGAUCAAGGAUGACUUUCUGGGUCUUCGCACGAUCUUGAACUAUCUAUGCGAUGAUCUCCUCCAUCGUUACGGAAAGAGAAAGAAAACUCCAACUGCUAAACAACUGUGGGACGAUCUAAAAUUAAUGUUUGGAACAAAGAAAUAUCUGGUUAGAAAGUACAUGGAUUUUCAGAUGGUCGAUGAAAAGCCACUUGUGGAGCAAAUUCAAGAAUUCAAUCGCAUUUUCGAUGAAGUUGUGGCUUCUGGAAUGACGUUGAGUGAGAAAUUUCAUGUAUCUGCUAUCUUAUCCAAGCUCCCUGCCUCUUGGAAGCAUGUGAACAUCAAGUUGAAGCGCAAUAUUAAUGAGCCUUUGACUUUAGAAGUGUUGAUGGAUCAUUUGAGGAUUGAAGAAGAUUACGUUUGCGUAUGA